AUGGUGAGAUGGGCCUACAGGACUCUGGGGGUGUUGAGCUCUGCGGAGAUGCCAGCUGAUCUGACCGUGGGGUGCAGGUCUUUGCAAAACGGUUUUCAGUUUAUCUGGAGCCAAGGAGCGCUUUUGCAGCAGGUAAAAGGAACAUCUCCAGUGUGGGGAGGUUACCCCUGUGAGGACGGGAGGACCCCAGAGCCCAGGCUGGGUGUCUGCGUGGCGGUCCCCGUGCAUCAUGCCUGCGUCUCCUGCCUGGAGCCCAUGUGGACACUGUCGGGUCAGGCCCGUCAGACCUGUGCCAUGCCCCUUCUCAUUGGUAAAAUGCUGGAGGAGGACAGGGUGGGGUAA